CUUUGAGCGCCAUCUUGUUUGUAACUGCCCUACGUAAGUACGUGGUGGAGUUUGUUUGGCGGGGGUGUCCGGUUACAGCUUCAGUCUGGGGACCUCUCCCUGUGCUGCCCGGGUGUUUAUCACGUUUACUCUGUCGCCUUUCGGCUUUAACUGAAAUAAAAUCCAGAUACAGAAAACUAAAGACACCGUUUUUUUCACGGGGACAGAAAUGAGCAUCGAAACGCUCCUGGAAGCAGCCAAAUUUUUGGAGUUGCAAGCCCAGCUACAACAGAAAGCACGUGAGGAUGAACUUAAGGAAACGUUUCAUCUGGAGCAGUGGACAGUGCAGAGGCACUCUGCAAUAUUUAACUCAUCAGCCCACAUCAACAAUGUUUUUAAAGCAGAGCAGUGCCAACCGGCCCCUGUAGCAUCCACUCUGUCUGCUCCAACUAUGGCUAUCACUGUCAUCCCCAUCCCCAUGGUCACCAACAACCCCACAGGCUCUCCCACUCUGCCUGUUUCCACACCCUCCCCUCCUGCUGCUCCUCCACUGGCCUCCCCAAAGAGAGACCCUUACUCCCCCAAGGAGGAAAGUGCACCUGCCCUGCUGAGCUCUUCACAGCCCAAGCCUGACCAGCAAACAUCUGUGCUGACCACCGGCCACAAGCAGCCACUCCAGAACCACCACCACCACCAGCUCAUCGCACCAUCUAAUGACACCACACUGCAGCAGCAGACACACCAGCAGCUGGCCCAGCACUUUGUUGGCUCCAUUGUGUCACCUCCACAGCAACACACCUUACUCUCACAACUGAGCCCUGUCCUCCAGCAGGCUCCCCUACAGAAUGGCUCUCUCUGCCGGGGAAGUCCUCCUGAUGACAGCCGCCUGCUCGACAACAAGAAAAGGCCAGGAGGGGCAGGCACAAGAGAAGUGCAUAACAAGCUUGAGAAGAACAGACGAGCUCAUUUGAAGGAGUGCUUCGAGACGCUGAAAAAGAACAUCCCCAACAUUGAUGAGAAGAAGACCUCCAAUCUGAGUGUGCUGAGAAGUGCUCUGAGAUACAUUCAGACGUUGAAGCGGAAAGAGAAGGAGUACGAGCACGACAUGGAGCGACUGGCCAGAGAGAAGAUAGCGACGCAGCAACGAUUAGCAGAGCUGAAGAACGAUCUGAGCCAGUGGAUGGAUGUGAUUGAGAUCGAUCGCAUGCUCCGACAGACGGUGCAGCCUGAAGAGGACCAGGCCUCAACCUCUACUGCCUCAGAAGGUGAAGACAUUAUGGACGAUGACCUAGAUGUGGAGACUACACCAAGAGCACAGACUGCCUUACCAACCGUGCCUCAAACCAUGAAACCUGAGCUGCACAAGAGUGCAGCACCCACUCAAACCCGAACACUGACACCCGCCACCACCUCUACCUCCUUCAUUACCCAGCACAUUUCCAUCCAGCACAAAACUCACCUGCCCCAGCCUCAGCCAAUGAAUUUUCCACCGCCUGUGUCCAAGCCUGCAGCUCCACUGACAAUCACGGCAUCUAGCACUCCCGCCAUUCCCAGUCAGCCCUUGAUCCCCACCCAGACACAGGUGGUGACCACAGCCAGCCUGCACCCCACAGUGAUCGCCCACGCCUCUGUAUCCCACCCCUCAGUCAUCCAAGCAGUCAACCAUGUCAUCCAGGGAGGGGGACACAAACACAUUGCCCACUUGGCUCCCUCCACCACUAGCUCUGUUCAUCUGGCCCCAGGCCACCCACCCAUCGGUCACAUCACCGUGCACCCCUUGGCACACCUGAGUCAGCAUCUUCCUGCCCUCUAUCCCCAACCGGUGGCCGUCACACAAUCAGCUGUGGUUGGACACAUCACCCACACAAUAAACCGUGCCCACCCCCAGAUGAAUGGCACCACACCCAGCCAAGCGACCGCCACCAUCAUUGGCAAGCAGACAGCAGUAAGCACCCAAAUGGUGGCUCACCACCCACAGCUGGUGGGUCAGACGGUGCUCAACCCUGUGACAAUGGUGACCAUGCCCUCCUUCCCCAUCAGCACUCUGAAACUGGCCUGAGCACUGGCAGCAGAACCACCAGGCUACAGAGACGCCCCGCGAUGGGGGACAACCACGGGCCACAGACCAGGCCGUCAACAAAGCCCACUGUGAAGACAGAACGGCCAAACGCCUCACUGAUCCGUCGUGUAGUGACAGUACAUCACAGCUGUUUAAAAAAAGAAGAAAAAGAAGACGAACAUUCCUUAAAACAAUGUGGAGAAACUACCACAGUGCCCUUUAAUCCUCAAUGUUGGGAUAUGUCAGGCUGCAUGUGGGUCAAAGUCAUGACGUGUGUUUGGGGCAGUACUUGGUGGGCAGAGCAGCAGUUUCAGUACUUCACCUUGGGUUUGUUAUCACAGAUGAAGGAGUGUUAGUUGUUAGGGCUGUCGUGGUUACUGCAAUACCAUGUUGACAUGGUAUUGUGUAAGUGCACACACACACUUAACUUUAUGAUUUACAGUGAGAAAACACAAGUAAAACAGUUUAAACUGAGCCAAUUUAAAAGCGGAUGCGUCUCAAGGAACACGUUGUACUCUGUGACACACUCUCUCUCUCGCUCCCCCCCUCUCGCUCUGAAGUAUGGAGGGUUUCUCAACUUCAUGUAGUAAGAAGAGAAAUUCUAUACCACAAUAGCCCUAAUAGUCAUUUUCACUAGAGUUGUGCAGUUUUGUGCUGCCAGUACACUAUAACGUGUCUGUAGAACAGUGGAUAAACUCCCUCUCAUCUCUUUGGCAGCUGUGGAUGAACCAAUGUCAGGUCAUGUAGUGAAAAGGCUGCUGCGGCUCUGUAAUAGAUCACAGUGGUGGAACAGUCACAUCCAACACGUUGGGAAUGUGAUUCAGCUGAGCUCCUCCUCCUCUCCGGCAGAGGCACAUGCUGCAGGGCUGCAGCAAAAUCCUGGCCUGGCCUCCAACCACCCACACAGGAGCUGCAGUCCUGUGGUGACAUGUUCAGUAAUAGCACCAUCUGCUGGAUGUUUGUGCUUAUUUAAUACUGUUAUCCUUUUGGGAUGAUGGUUAAAAAAAAAAAAAAAACUUGAUUUGCUGAUGGAUGUCACUAAAAUAAUUAUGCAGUUUUACAGAGGUUUGUUUUUUUGUGUUGGAGUUAAAGGACAAUCAAAUUGUUAUAUCUUCAAACUGUACACUAAGCACAAGAGCACGUUCUAGGAUGAGGUUGUUUUUGUCACAGCUGCUUUGUUUUAAAAAAAUGCUUUUUGUCAAUUAUGAUCAUCUACAUAUGACGGCUAAUGAUAAACACCAGAACGCAGUUGGUGUGAGUAAAUGCUAAUUGUGUCAAAGAUUAAAAAAAAACACAAAGUUCAGUGUUUAGAGAUUUUGAAUGUGAAAAAACCUUUCAAAGGUCUAUACAAUGUAGUAAAGUGUGUUUAUUUGCCGUCGUGUUGGUUCAAAUGUUAACCGACUGUGUGUCUGCAUGUUGUGAAUGCACGCCAUGGCUUAAUUUAUGUAGCAAACAUCAUGAAAUGUUUUUGGCACAAAGCUGAAGCUUUGGUUUGGUUCAACACAAAGUGACGUCAAUGCAAUCAAUGUUUUUUUUGUAUUUACCAUCCUUUUUUUGCAAAGUUAUCACUGUGAAAAUUCAUUUCUGUCAGUCUCCACGAGCAGCACAACCACAGUUUAGCACAGCAACACGCUGCGCUUUCUUUAUUCAAUUUGAAUGUACUGAUCUGAUACUGACGACGAGCCCACUCGGGUGUUUAUCCCGUUUUGUUUUUAAUGGAAGCAAAUACUUUAUUUAAGUACCAUUUAUGCUAAGUGUAACAUUUAAAGCUGAUUUUGUAUUUCAAGAUUUACUAUUUCUUGUUUAGUUCAGAGAAUACAUUUGGUUCAGUGUCAUUUUUAUAAUUAUAGCUUUUUCUUUUCUUUUUUUUCCUUUUCCUGGGACCAUGUUCAGUGCUGUAUAUCAGGGCAGACCUCCCAUGUUGAUACCACAUUUGGCCACUUUGGAAAGUAGUCACCCUUUAAUUUUUUUGUGUUUUGUUCUGAUGCAGUAUGAUUACAGCGGGGACUUUUUUUUUAAAUUCUGUAAAUGCAAAGAAAGAAGACUAUUCUGCGUACAUGUUCAAAUUGUAAGCAAAAAAAAAAAAAAUCUGACCAAACACCACAACACAUUUUAAAUCAUACUGCAGUGAAACAAAGAAAGUUAACAGGGAUUGACAUACUUGAAGAAGCAACAAUAUACCUGUCUUUUCCCUAUGGAGAAAGUUUAAGUUGUACAUAGCCUGUAAAUGUUGGGCUGCAUCAAGAUCUAAAUGUAUUGUGUAAACAGGGGAAAAUAUCAAAUUAUGAAUUUAUAAAAAAUAUAUAUAUACAUAUAUAUAUACUUAAAUAAUAAAAUGUAUUAUGUUUGAAAA